AUGGAUUAUUAUGAGGUGAAGAAGGACCUGCCGACGUGGCCGUCGAACGACACAUCACGGUUCAUCAACCCCUACGCCGACCAGGUCGGCAUCAACACCUUCAUUCAGAUAUGGACCAUCGCAAUCGCCGUCAUCGGAACGGUAGGCAAUAUCAUGGUCAUUGCCGCCGUCGCUCUCCACAACAGCCUCAGAAAUAUCGGCAAUCUAUUCAUCGUGAACCUCGCCUUGGCUGAUCUCGGUGUAUCCGUCGUUGUCAAUCUCGCCUCCGUUGCCGGGAGCAUAACCAGUGAAGAGGGUAUUUUUCUCAAGUACGAGUGGCUAUGCGAAGUCAUCGCCGUCGUCUGUAUCGUCACAUGCUCUUGCUCACUGUGGAGUAUUGCUGCCAUUGCCUUUAACCGCUACGUAUGGAUCUGUCACUGGCAGCGGUACAGAAAGAUCUUCAACCGGCGAACCGUGCCGAUGAUGAUCGCGGGUCUGUGGUUCAUCGGGUUCCUCAUCGAUCUCCCGAACAUCUUGGGAUGGGGGACACACACAUUUGACUGGAAGGUGAUGUCUUGCACAGGAGGGAUGUCCUUCGUGUACUCCUACGCUAUUUUCUUCGCCAUGACCGCCUUCGCUAUCCCUCUUAUGAUCAUUACCUUCAGCUAUAUCGGCAUUUUCCGCUUUGCUCGAAAUGCCGCUAUCGCUCUCGACCGCAUGCGCGAAAAUAAUGGCGUCCAGAACAAAAACGAUAAGAGAAAGCCCGGACGAGCCGCUCGACCGGCUGAUUUGCGCCUGGCUCGCUCUGUACUGGUCAUCGUCAUCAUCUACCUUGCCAUGUGGACGCCCUACUCAUUGACCGUGCUCAUUGACCACCGUGUGGUUUACGACCGCAAGCUUUAUAUUCUCUCCUAUACCCUUGCCCAUACCAACAGCAGCUUCAACUGCGUCAUUUAUGGCGCCACCAAUCAGCAGUUUCGACGCGGUUACAUGCAUUUCAUCAGACUACUUUUCUGUCGCGCGAAGAAAGUAGACCUGUUGGCUUCGGUGACCGGUACAGCGACGGUACGAAAUAACCGGGUGCAUCCGGCUCAGCAGACGUCUCCUGCGACUAAUGAAAGUAUCUUGCAGUGA